AUGUCUUUCCCGUCCCCUACCAAGACCUACCAUCAAAAGGCCUACGCCGCUAUUGACCCUACUCGACCCGAGCUUUCCACAAAAGGGAAGCAUGCAUUCAUCUCUGGCGGCGGUGCAGGUAUCGGAGCCUCUAUCGCCGUAUCCCUGGCUAAGUCAGGCGUCUCGACCCUGGGCCUUCUAGGGCGGACGAUAGCGUCUCUCGAAUCAACCAAAUCCGUUAUCGAGGCCCUGGGCUCAUCGACAGUAGUGCAUCUCUACGUCGCCGAUGUUACCGAUGCAGAAGCCACAAGUUCCGCUCUGAACUCGUUCUCCCACUCCAUCAACGGCAGGAUCGACAUACUGAUUGCCAAUGCCGGAUACAUGUCCGACCUCCGCACCAUCACCGACUCUGAUCCGGAAGACUGGUGGCGUGCCUUUGAAGUCACAGUUCGCGGCAACUUCAAUCUUCUGCGCGCUUUUCAACCUCUUGCUGCAUCUGACAGCAGCGUCAUCCACAUCUCGACCGCCGCGAUUCAUAUUCCGUACAUGUUUGGCUUCUCCGCUUACCGCGCGUCCAAGAGUGCGGCUACCAAGCUGUUUGAGUACUACCAUCAUGAGAACCCAGAUGCCUUUGUGCUACAGGUGCAUCCCGGGCUGAUCGGUGGAACGGCCAUGUCAGAAAAGUUUGCGGCAAGCGCGAAGGAAUUGGGCUUGGUGUAUGAUGACAUUGAGAUGUCGGGUAACUUCACUGUUUGGGCUGUUAGUGACGAGGCCAAGUUCUUGAAUGGGCGCUUCGUGCAUGCAAACUGGGAUGUCGAGGAACUGAAAGCCUUGAAGAAGGAGCUGGAAAAUGAUGAGAGUAGGUUCACUAUCGGGCUCCAGGGCUGGUUUUAG